AUGGCUCAGUCUUCUUCCGACUCCUCUCAAGCAGAAUACUCUCUCAAGGCCACUGUGGCUGCCAUCACAUCCUACUAUGAACUUCUCGCCCGCGUACACCCUGACAGUGUCUGUUCUCUCGAGUACCCUCCCUCCGGAGGAUGGCCUCAGAUUACGUCUGAGUCCUUCUGUAUCUUGGGCCGAAAUGAUACCGUCAUUGAGUUGAUGCGGCACGUUCCGGACAAGAUUGGUGCUAAUCCUGACUACUCUCCUGAGGGCGGAGGAGUGCCGAUCACAUCCAGCAUGUUCACCUUGGCGGUGCUGGCCGAAGAGAAACAAGAGGGCUUUGAUAUCCUUCUUGAGACGGAACACAACAUCGUCAUUGUGGUCAGAGUUAGGGAGGAAUUCCCACACGGGUAG